AUGGUGGAAGAACAAGAAGCUCGUGAUAAUGCAGAAGCUGGUCCUUCUUGCGAGCAACCCGAUGAUCCGCUUCUUUAUGUUAUGGAUGGGACCAGUCUGAAGGAGAAAUUACUUGAGACGAUCAAUGAACUGGAAACUGGGAUAAAGAAGGUAUGUACUUUUCUACUUUUUUUUCUUGAGUUUAGGUGAAGUGUAGACAAGUUUUAUACAGUUGAAUUUUAUUUUUAGUGUUUGAAAUCAAUUUUUCAUCCGGAUGUGUCUCAAGAUGAUCGCGCGAAGCUGUUCAAAGACGGUCAUGAAACAUAUAUCUGUUCAAAGAUACGAUUAGACCGACAGUUGGAGUUUGUUGCUCCACAUCAAGAGCGAGAAGCGGAUAAGAGACUGCUAAAGGCGCAUAUUGAGGAUAGAGAUGAAACAAUAUCAAUUUUUGCUCGAAAACUGGAGAGAAUCGAGAGUGUUCUGUUGGAAGCGGGUUUACAGGUAAGAAUGAGGUAUAUUGUUUGUUUAUAGGUCAUUAUCUUAAACUUGAAGGUCUUAGAUUGCCUUUAAAAUAUGUAGAUUUUAUAUUGUAGUAGGUGAGAUAAAUUAUUUUUUAAUUUCAGGCAAACCGCCGAUUAUCUAUAGCUGAAACGGCUCGUGCCAACCCUGUUGACAUCAAUUCUGUGAUAAGAGCGUCAUUUUUCAUGUCCCGAGGCUACUCAGUAAGCGCUCCGUUCAACUGGAAUCAAGGUGAUCCAUCAAGACCAUUCCCAACUGAAGCUGAUUUUGCGACCUCCCAACUGAUGCAAAUGCAACAACAGAGACAAAGAGUAGGCGGUUUUGUAUUUUCUGAUUUGUUUCCUUCAAUUCUAGGCAGCUCCAUCAGUCCUCAACCUUAUCAGAGGUGCAGAUUCAAAUCAGUCCACUCCAAGGGCCAAUUCGGCCGCUUCAACGCCCACUUUCCCUCAGCCCCCAUCGGUGGGAUCGUCGGGUUCGUCGUUAGGCGGCAAUCGGAUCUCAAUGCCUUCGACUUCAGGGAUUAAUACACCUCCAUUAGGUCAUCGAUAUGACUCCAAUAUGUAA